AAAAUGGAUUCCUUUUUGAUUGGUGUUGUGAUCAGUGUGGUGUUGUUGGGUUUAAGGUGGUUUGUAUUCCUCCGGGAGCCACGGCCACGGCUCCCUCCGGGACCCAGACCCCUCCCGAUCAUAGGAAACAUGCACCAACUAGGUAAAAAUCCGUACGAAACACUGAGACAGCUGGCGAAAACGUACGGCCCUCUGAUGUCGAUCCGCAUAGGCAGCGUGUACACGGUGGUGGUGUCCUCACCGGAGAUGGCCAUGGAGCUCCUCCAAUGCCACGGGCAGGUCUUCUCCGGUCGGGCCGUCCCCCAUGUGAUGGAUGUAUGCGAGUUUAGCAAGUUCUCUAUGACCUUCGGUCCGACCGGGAAGGAGUGGCGCAACAAGCGCAAGAUCUGCAAGGAGAUUGUCUUCUCGGAGCGGUGCCUCGAGGGAAGCGAGGCCCUCCGCCAGGAGAUGCUGCAGAAGCUCGUGGAUCACGUCGGGGCCCACUGCGACCGCGGGGACAUGGUCAACAUCCACGACGUGGUGUUCAUGGCCAACCUCAACCUCUUGCUCACCACAAUCUUCUCCAUCACCUCCCCGGAUACCACCAUGGAGUUGAAGAACAUCAUGGACAAUGUUUUCUCCUUAUUUGUUCCCAAUAUCGCUGACUCCUUCCCCAUUCUCAAACCCUUGGAUCCGCAGGGGCUCAAGAGCAAGGCUGAGUUAAACGUGGCUAAACUCUUGGCCAAAUUCCAAGAUUUUACUAACGAGAGGUUGGAGAACAGAAGGAACAACCCCAAGAAGCAAGAUCUGCUCGAGACGAUCAUCGAUAUCACCCAAGGAAACGACUUCAACUUCACCACACAAGAUAUCAAUUAUUUACUUUUCGAAUUAAUCGUGGGAGGAAUAAACACCAACUCCAGCACAGUGGAGUGGAUCAUGACUGAGCUACUAUUCAACCCGGACAAACUCAAAAAGCUAAAACAAGAGAUAAAGAGCAUAGUCGGAGAGAAGGGGCAAAUCCGGGAGGCGGACAUGGCGUGCCUCCCGUAUCUGCAGGCAGUGAUCAAAGAAACCUUUCGUUAUCACCCGCCAGGGCCUUUCUCGAUUUCCCGGGCAUCAGAAGCCGAUCAAGAGGUGAAUGGUUAUAUGAUUUCAAAAGGGACGCAGAUAAUCGUCAAUUCGUGGUCAAUGGCAAAAGAUCCCACCAUCUGGACUGAUCCCGAAUCUUUUCAGCCAGAACGAUUCCUUGACAACAAACUGGACUUCAAAGGCCAGCAUUUCCAGCUCAUACCCUUCGGGGCGGGCCGGAGAAUAUGCCCCGGACUACCCUUGGCAACCCGGAUUCUGCAGAUGACCACUGCGGUUUUGGUUCAUAAUUUUGACUGGAAACUUGAGAAAGACAAGGAUCAUCCGGACCAUAAAGAAGACAAGUUUUCGAUAUUCUUGAGCAAAUCAAUUCCACUUAGAGCUUUUCCUUUUAAAAUUUAA